AGGCGUCGUACUCAACACGCAGUUCUUUUCUCUCCCCGCCUGCUCCCCUCGGCUCUCCCCUGCACCGCCCGUGACGGCGCUUCACUCUCUCUCCCCCUUUCCCCUUUACACACAGGUAUGUCCGUCCUUUGCCGCUGCGUGGCCGUUGCAGUGCUGUGGUGGACGCUGGUGCUGGCCUUGCCGGCGCAGGCGUGGUCCAUCACCGACUUUCCGCAAAUUGACUGCGCCGAUACCGACUUGGAGCACUGCUCCCAGUGCCACUACGCCACUAUCGGUGGUGUCACCCACUUCCUCUGCGCCAUCUGCGUCGACACCGCCACUACGCGGUAUUCGCAGGCAACGCAGGGGCAGAACUUUGCCACCUGCCAGGUGUACAACGGCAACUGUGAAAUGCACGACUGCGACAAGUGCGGCUCAGACGACCCAAAGAUUUGUGUGGCGUGCAACCAUGGCGUGCCCGACCAAGAAACGUCGGAGUGCCUCGGGGAGACAGUUUCGUCCGCCACGGGUGGACUGUACACCUCGAGUAAGGCCCCCACGCCUGUCCCGGUCCCAGUAACGACCACCACAACAACCACACCUGUGCCUGUCCCGGUAACGACCACCACAACAACCACACCUGCGCCUGUCCCGGUAACGACCACCACAACAACCACACCUGUGCCUGUCCCGGUAACGACCACCACAACAACCACACCUGUGCCUGUCCCGGUAACGACCACCACAACAACUACGUCUGUGCCUGUCCCGGUAACGACAACAACAACAACCACACCUGUGCCUGUCCCUGUCACCACCACCACCACCACCACCACCACCGCCAGGCCAAGCACUCCGUGUGCCAUCGACAAGUGUGCCGUGUGCACGAGUGACGGGAAGGCAUGCGCUACGUGCGUGAUCGGCUACACCGUCACGGAAACGGGCACCUGUAUGCAGUCGGGGUAUUGCGCGGUGGCCAACUGCGUGCAGUGCGCAGCGACGAGCUACAGUCGGUGCACGACGUGUGCGGCGGGUUAUGCCUCCAACGCCGAUGGCGUAUGCAAGCGCCGUGCGAACGGGUCUAUGUCGGGUCCGACCGCCCUCCUCGUUGGGAUCGCGGUGCUCGCGGUGGCCGUGGCGGACCUUCUUUAA